UUCCAUAGAAACGAUGACCGUUGCCAGGGAAGUGAGUGCCGUGUCAUCAGCUCACAACAAUACAUUUCAAAAUAUUAAACAUUGACGUUAAACAACCAACAAAACUGGUUAGUUAGCCACAUUAUAGCAAGCUGACUGGCUAGCAACGUUGUAACACUAGCAAAAAUGCGGCCACAAAGACAACAGACCAACAACAAUACAGCCAUUACAGGAAGGUGUCUUUCUCCCACGGUCAACAGCUAUAAACUGCACUUUACAGCAGUGAACUCUCAAAUACCAGAGAGAAAUGUUCAGAGACCACUGGACGUCCGAUGGUCUAAAGACUUUACAAAAGAGAUAAACAUGGACACCAUGAAAAUGAUUCCACCAAGACAAGACAGCAGGCCUAAUGCACACAGUGGCCGUGGCAGGCCCUGUGCCCCUGUGCUGGCGUUUGUCAAUGAGUUUAUGGGCCCUGAGCGUCCCCUCCUACCCCCUGCUGCUGCUCUGCCCAGUGGGCUGACUGGGGACCUGGGGCCACAGCCACACAGAGUGAAGCCUAGGAGAGCAACCCACAGUGCAGGGGCCAUCUACUCCCACAGUACCUCACCCCUCACCCUGCCAACUGGACCAGGUGAUGCCAUAACAUUGAGUGAGAAUUCUCCCUCUGGUUUUCCAAUUGACUUUCGUUCCUGUGAUGACUGUGCUUUGAGUCCUGAGCGAAUAGAUUUGGACAGGCGUGGUCUGGAGGAGUGUCCCCUGCUGGAGGGCAUGGGUAGGCUGCGGUUGCUUAACUUUCAGCACAACCUCAUCACGCACAUCCACAAUCUGUCUCAUCUGCGGCACCUGGCCUUCCUAGACCUGUAUGACAACCACAUCUCCCAGAUGUCUGGCAUCUCAGCCCUGGCCUCUCUCAGAGUGCUUAUGCUGGGCAAGAACAGAAUCCAGAGGAUAUGCAGUCUGGAUAACCUGACUAAACUAGAUGUUCUGGACUUGCAUGGCAAUCAGAUCUCCCAGAUAGGGAACCUCUCCCACCUGUCUGAGCUGCGCGUGUUGAACCUGGCAGGGAACUGCAUCUCCAGGGUGGACAACCUGCAGGGCCUGGACUCACUGACCGAGAUCAACCUGAGACGCAACUGCAUCUCCACUGUGACAGAGGUAGACCAGCUGCCCUGCCUCCAGCGCCUCUUUCUCAGCUGCAACAGCAUUACCAGUUUUGAUGAGCUAGCCUGCCUGGGAGAGUCUUGCUCCCUUUCUGAGCUCACCCUGGAUGGGAACCCAGUAGCCCUGGAGACAUGGUACAAGCAGGCCGCCCUGCGCUGUGUGCUUCAACUCAGACAGCUGGACAUGAAACGUGUCACGGAGGAGGAGAGACGUAUGGCCUGCGUCACGGCCCGGAAGGAGGAUGAGAAGAAGAGGGAGAGUCACAAGCAGGCCAUGCACAAGAGUCCUGCUCAUGUUGCGCCUCAGCAGUUCUACACUCAACUUGGACUCAAGUCUCAGGACUCCUCAGUGACAAGCAAGGAGAAGCGGCGUCUGGCCAUCCGUAAUGCAGCACUGCAGUGGGAGGGGGUCAGGGCCUGCCUGGAGCUCCCGGCUCAGAACGGAGCCAAGGAGGAAAUCAGCCCUGAGGCAAGCCCCGCCCACAGUCCCGCCCAGACCAAUGGCCUUGCACUGGAACCUUCUCCGGAUGAGCAGCUCAGACGGGUGAGUCCGCUGUCGGCUCCGGACAGGCCAACAGGGGGCAGUGAGACCCGAAUACGCUCCACCAGUCGCCCCAACAGUCCUCGAGACCCCAAGCUCCUUGAGGCAGGGGGUGCCAGCCUGCAGAGCCUCUCCCUGUCAGAAAGCCACCUGGCGGAGCUGGAUGGGGAAACCCUGCGCCUGUUCGGCCUCGGGGCCCUGGAGGCCCUGGAGAGAGGCUGGGGGGUCCAGACUGCAGGGGCCAUCACUGUCAUAGCCUUCCGCUACAUCCACUUUGAUGCGAUCGUGCCAACACUGCCACGCAUAAGGGUCAAGUUCCCUAACCUAUCUCACCUGAUUUUCCUGGAGACCAACGUCAGCCGUCUUCCCCAGCUGGCUGCUCUGGCCCAGGUGAGACGUCUGGACCAGCUGACCAUCCACCCAGAGGGGAACCCUGUAGUCAGCCUUUCCCUGUGGAGAUCCUUCCUCAUCUAUCGCCUGCACCACUUCAAUCUGCACAAGAUCAACAACCUGGAGGUGACCAUGAAUGACAUGAUCUCUGCAGAGCGUCUGUUUGGGACGCUGGGUCAUAUCGCUGCCACCGAGACACCACGCUGCCGCCUGCUAGUACUGCUGGAGGAGUCCAGGAAGCGUCAGCUGCAGUUUCUGUUGGAGGGGCGUGGGCGCCGUGCAGGCUUGAGCCCAGAGGAUCUGCGUGACAACGGCAAGCUGCUGGGAGAGGGCCUGAGCAGAGCCCUGUUCAACUACCCCAGUAGAGACUGCUGCAGUGUGGGAGCGGAGAGCCCAGAGGAGGGUGCUAUGGAGUCGUCAUCGGAGCGCGGAGCCAUGAUGGAGCAGUACAUACAGGAUCAGGUCCAGAGGGCAUCUGACACCAACCUGAAGGGGGAGUCCCUCCACAAGCUGUGGCCCUCCAUGUUUAUGGAGAUGGUGAGAGACUAUGUGCUGGAGAUGAGGGACCGACCAACCUUCCGUCGGGCCUGCCUCAACAGGCUCUCCACACAGGGAAAGUGAGAGGGUGAGGGGUAGAGACCUGGUAAAACUCCAUAAGACCUACAGUACAGCAUACUGGACACAUACUAGAAACAGGUACAGCAUACUGGACACAUACUAGAAACAGGUACAGCAUACUGGACACAUACUGGAAACAGGUACAGCAUACUGGACACAUACUAGAAACGGGUACAGCAUGCUGGACACAUACUAGAAACAGGUACAGCAUACUGAACACAUACUAGAAACAUGUACAGCAUACUGGACACAUACUAGAAACAGGUACAGCAUACUGGACACAUACUAGAAACAGGUACAGCAUACUGGACACAUACUAGAAACAGGUACAGCAUACUGAACACAUACUAGAAACAUGUACAGCAUACUGGAAACAGGUACAGCAUACUGGACACAUACUAGAAACAGGUACAGCAUACUGAACACAUACUAGAAACAUGUACAGCAUACUGGACACAUACUAGAAACAGGUACAGCAUACUGGAAACAGGUACAGCAUACUGGAAACAGGUACAGCAUACUGGACACAUACUAGAAACAGGUACAGCAUACUGGAAACAGGUACAGCAUACUGGACACAUACUAGAAACAGGUACAGCAUACUGGACACAUACUAGAAACAGGUACAGCAUACUGGACCUACUGGAAACAGGUACAGCAUACUGGACCACUUCUUCUACUACAGCAUAUUGGACACUCUCCUGCUGCUCUGUCUCACCAUGUUAACCCAUCUUCAUCAUCACGUGGUGUCAGUCAGUCAAGUUUUGGGGAAUUUUGGGGUUAGAUUAUUUUCAUAACUGGAAAAACAUAUUCUGAUUGAAGAUGGAUGUGGAUUUUUCUUUUGAAGGCAACUUUGGGGGGGGUUCUCACCAGCCGGGCCUCAUAAGCUUGAAUGCACAUUAUCAUGGAAAAGACAAUAUUGAUGUUUGUUCUAUACUCUGUUCUUCCUAUUCAACUUGAUUCCAGGAUGCACAGAGCUAUAGAGCUAUAUACUUGAGAAAGUCAUUGUGAGCGUGCAUUGUCAUCCCUAAAGAGGAACACUCUUUGCACUUUAAAGCCUUCAUAAAGACCCUGUUCAUGAUCUCCAGCUGAAGAUUACAAUGAGUGUGUCCCAUUGAGCCUAGAAUGAUUGUGUCAUGAUAAUCUUCUUCUUAAUGUUACUCGCUCUCUCUCUGCCUGGCGUGAUGACAAGGGCACAAAACACACGUUUUCUUUUCGGACCACUCAUUUUCUGUAUUGUACUUAGUAAUAAAAUAUUCCUUAACACUUAA